AUGGCGUUUAAUCGCGAUAAUAGUAUAUUUGAAAAUGCUGAAAAAGUCCUUAAACUCAAUCGUUCAAUUAGUCAACAUUUACAAGUUCGACUAGUUUUGAAUCCAUUUACAAAAAAAUUUAUUGACUCUGAACUUGCUGUUACAUUAGGGAUUUUAUACAAUGGAUAUUAUAGAAAUCAAUAUGGCGGUUUAAUUCCUUUACGUGGGGGAGUCUACAUAGCGGCUGGAAAAGGUCUCAUUCAAUUUACGGUGAGUGAUGAAACCGAACGAGAAGAAAUGGAAAUUGAAUAUUAUCCCAUCGAGAAAGAAGAUCAUUCUCAACCACUAAUGGCAAUACUUAUUAUCCGUUCUGUCUAUGAUAAUCGAGAGAAUAAAAGAAUGAUUUCCAUUAAGCAAGCUCUAGCUCAAGCGUUAAUUGAUACUGAUACAUUUUCAUAUCGUUUGACAGACACAAUUUCACUACCAUUACAUACAGCACUCUAUCAAGGAUAUAUUUUAGGAGAAUUACGAACAACAAUGCAGACAAAUAAUCCAACCGUUACUAUGAGUAUUGACCAAGGCAGUUGUUUGAAGAGUUUACAAAAAAAAGAUACAUUUUCUCAACAACGUAAUUCAAAAUUUCCAUCACCCAUAAAUGUUUCAUCAAUUCAAUCAAUAACAAAGUCUCGUGUUGAUGAAAUGACUGUUUUUGAUGAAUUAAUCAAAUCAUUGAAUUCAAUUGUGCAUAGUUUAGAUAAAUUUCGUCAAACUGUUUGUAUUGAACCUUAUUGUGAAUUAGAUUCAACUGGUUAUAUCAAAAAUAAACAAACGGGUUUUCGUUACUUAUUGUCAGACGCAAUUGAGCUUGGUCUCGUUUCUUUGAAACAUGUUCCAGAUGAUAAUGAUUUUAUACGUGAACAACGACGGUACAACGAAAAAACAAAUGAUCAUCAACACGGUACAACUGAAUAUUUUGAUCAAGAUUCGAGCAUUUUACCAUUGAAUGAUGCACAGCAAUUUCAAAUUAAAAGUCGUCCGGUUGGUAAAACGUAG